GGCUUCACAGUUCCCUAUCCAACCCUGUUAUCCAGCACUCUAGGAUCUCGUCUGCUUGUUUUUAGACUCUUUACAUGAUAAAAUUUAAAAUAUCAGUUAGGUUUUCUGAAUAGAUAUAAAAUGUUCAAACUUCAGGCCCUUGGUCGAGUGCUGAGAACAGCUAGGAUAACUCAAACUGAAAUGGUAAAUGUCAUGUUCUCGAGAAGUAUGAACAAAUUUAUUGCAGAGCCAGAGUACCUGGAUACUAAAGGUCCCCAAAUACCAUUAUACGAGCCUCUGAAUGUGCAAAUCAAAUCAUAUGACUUUACUGUAUUGGAGAUCUUCUCAGGCUACAUUCAUAAAACAGCAGAAAAUAUGGGAAUUGAAGUUGAUGACUGUUGGGCUAGUCCUUGUCAAAAGUAUAAAGUUCAAACGUUUAAACCAUUCAGCACCCAAAUCGAAAACCAAUACAAUCUUAAUAUAUAUGAGAGAAACGUUCAGGUGGUUGACUUAGAAGCAACAAAAGCACCUAUAUUUUUCCACAUAAUUCAAGCUGCAUUACCUGAAGGGGUUAAAUUGACUGUGAAACUCCACGACGACAUGGACGAAGAGAAUCGUUACCUCCCAGAUCUGGAACUGACACAGCUUAAGAACGAACUUGAUGCAUUGGGCGGUCCAACAGUUUCAAAAGGAAAGCGAUGAUUUUUUUUCGAUUAUGUGUUUUUUUACGUAGGAUUUGAA